AUGGGUCUGAUCCAAUGCCAAACAUACCUCAAUCGUUGCGUAGUUUUGCAGUCAAUCAUCAACUCGAUGGAGCGCACACCCCGGGCACAACAGUCUGAGGCUGAGGCCGAGGCAAUCGUACGGUCCUACUACAAGAGAAUUCAUAGGUUUGCUGUCGAAGCAUACCAACUUGCCGAAGCUAGAUCUAGCCGCAGCCUACUCGCACGUUCCGAAUACUGGUGUGGCCGUGGCUGCGGUGGUUUGCGCGAAUGGGAUGCUGCUGUGAGCCACUUCAGGUCUGCUGCGAACAUGGAUUUGUCAGACGUCUAUUUCAAGGGUAUGCCACGUCAGCAAAGAGGUCUACUGAAGAGUGAGAGGGAGGAUGUCGACUUCCUACUCCAGAGCGUAACACAACGUUACAACGAAUGGAUUCUAAACGGAGGAGCGCACAAAACCGUCGAUGAUCAAGAAGCAAGCCCCAGUCCUACCGAGGUUAUCCGAAAAGAGGCACUGAAGGGACCGCGUUGGAGGCCACAUCAAGAACACUUGGACUAUCUGGUAGAGCAACAGUGUAGUACAGAAGGGUCUUCCGAUAGACAGCUUAGCCACCUUCGAUCGAGUGAACACGCAGGUGUUUCCUUCAACGAGAAGGAUGUGGCAGCUGCUGAGGAAAGGCUGAGUCUGAAGGAUGACAAACAAGGGAUCCGAAACACAUUAAACGCCGAUGAAUGGUUCUACGUCCUUCGUGGUCACAAGCCCACCAAGAAGCGUACGAAUCACACUGAACACAACAGGGCUAGUGAUCGAGGCCGCCAACACAGCGAACCUUCCAAGCUUCCACCAUCUGUCGCGUCAAUCCAUUCCAGAAGUGUCUCUUCACUCGAACCCUCUCAUGACCCACGCAACGCACUCGACACCGCCAGCUACGAAAACGGCGACCCCACGCCAUCGCUCGUCGGAAGUGGCGUGUCGCCUUCAUCUGAGGGAGAGCGCGGACUUCCAUCACCGACAGCAGGGUAUUCCCAAGGCCGUCGCAAAAUGAAACUGCCGGCCAUAAGCACCAGCGCAAUUCAGAAGGAUGCUAGACUUGGUGAGGCUGUCCUGGGCUCCCUCUCGCCGACGGACCUGAAGGUAGACGAUACCCGUGACGGGGAUGAGACAGGGGAGGUUGGAUCCGGCAACAGCAUGGUCACAUCGGCGGGGAGGGAUUUGUCGGCAACUUAUUAG